AUGUCAAAAAAAGCCAAUCUUCGACAAACACAAAUGAUAACAUUAGGUGAUUAUCAUCGACAAGAAAUUGAAGAUAUUAAUCGAGAUAUUAAAAAUAUGACGAAAGAAUAUAAACAAAAGAAAAAAGGUAUUUCAACAAUAAGUUGUUUAAUGAAAGAAUAUCAAUUAGAAUUAAUACGAAAAUCUCAAUUAUUAUUAGAAGCAAAACAUGAAUUAAAAACAAUGGAUGGAUAUAGAAUAAUUCGAGAACAACAAAGUGAUGAAAUUAAACGUUUAGAAGAAGAAAUAAAAUUAAUACGUAGUAAACAUGUUCAUGAAAUAGCUCAUGUGAAAUCAACUUAUGAAAAAGAAAUUCGACAACAACGUCGAUCGACAGAUAUCAAAAUUGCAGAAAUUCAACGACGAGCUAAUCAGGACGUUGAGGAAACACUUCAUGCUCGAAUAAUAUCUAUCGCAAAAGAAAAUGCUGAAUUAGAAGAUAAAAUAGAAAAUAUAAUUCAACGAAAGCAAAAAUUACAUCAAUUAAAACAACAUCUAGAAGACGAACAAAUACAUUUAAUACGUCAUCUUAAAUUCGUAACUGAUCUUAGAAAAAUAAAUUUAAAUACAGCAUCGUUUAAUAUCACAAAUAAUUCAUAUAAAUCCAUACAGUAUUAA